AUGGGAAAAGCAAAGAAGACGCGGAAGUUUGCGGAGGUCAAGAGGAUGAUGAGCCUGAAGGACGUGAAACCGCCUCCUAUGAAGAAGACAAAGCCAGAGGAUGAGGUUCGACACAUAGAUAAAACGCCAUCAGCUCUGUUCUUCAGGUACAAUACGCAGCUCGGACCGCCCUACCAGGUCCUCAUAGAUACGAAUUUCAUCAAUUUCUCAAUUCGUAACAAGAUUGACCUGGUCAAGGGCAUGAUGGACUGUUUGUAUGCGGAGUGCACCCCAUGCAUUUGCGACUGCGUCAUGGCGGAACUGGAGAAACUGGGGCAGAAGUACCGCGUGGCGCUCAAGAUUGCCAAGAUUCCUGGAGUGCCAAUCAUGUACAUACAGUCCCAUCGCUACUCGAUUGAGCGGCUGCCGGAGGCAACGAUGGGUGGUGCGCCUCGCACCUAG